GUUCUGCUUCACCUCUUGCUUAGGAGCCGUUGCCGACUUCUGGGAGCGACGCCGACGACGAAAGGGUAAACACGCCGCCGUUGAUUCAGCCGGAGAAUCAAUGGAAAGUGAAGCAAUUCAAGAGGAUCUUCAGAAUUUAGACGUCGAGUUAAAGGAUGUUCAAGGUCAGAUAAGUGCUUUGAUUGAGCAUCAAGAUAGGUUAUACGAGAGAAAGUCUGAGUUAAAGACAUUGUUAAAAGCAUUAGCAGCAUCAGGAAGUCCUGUUGCAUCAUCUGGUGGCUCUAGUGCUAUAGAGAAUUGGUCUGAGACAUUUGAGUGGGAUUCUCGUGCUGACGAUGUUAGGUUUAACGUUUUUGGUAUAUCCAAGUAUAGGGCUAACCAGAAGGAAAUUAUUAACGCUAUAAUGACGGGAAGAGAUGUCCUGGUGAUCAUGGCAGCAGGUGGUGGGAAGAGUCUUUGCUAUCAACUUCCAGCUAUGCUUCGUGGUGGGACAACUCUUGUUGUCAGUCCUCUACUUUCACUGAUUCAGGAUCAGGUUAUGGGUUUGGCUGCUCUAGGAAUCUCAGCCUACAUGCUGACUUCUACUUCUGGCAAGGAAAAUGAGAAAUUUGUGUACAAGGCACUUGAAAAGGGUGAAGAUGACCUCAAGAUACUUUAUGUAACACCCGAGAAGGUAUCAAAGAGCAAAAGAUUCAUGUCGAAGCUUGAAAAGUGUCACAAUGCUGGCCGCCUCUCUCUUAUAUCAAUUGAUGAGGCUCAUUGUUGUAGUCAGUGGGGUCAUGAUUUUCGCCCUGAUUACAAGAACUUAAGCAUUCUGAAAACCCAGUUUCCCAAAGUUCCCAUGGUGGCUUUAACUGCAACUGCUACACAGAAAGUUCAAAAUGAUCUGAUAGAGAUGCUGCAUAUUCCUAAAUGCGUCAAAUUUGUGAGCAGUGUUAACAGGCCAAAUCUCUUUUACUCGGUCCGAGAAAAGUCGGCAGUUGGUAAAUUAGUGGUUGAUGAAAUUGCAGAAUUCAUACGGGAAUCAUACUCUAACAAUGAAUCUGGGAUAGUCUAUUGUUUCUCCCGGAAGGAGUGUGAACAGAUUGCAGGUGAUUUACGAGAGCGAGGGAUUUCUGCUGAUUAUUACCACGCAGACAUGGAUGCAAAUAUGCGCGAAAAAGUUCAUAUGCGAUGGAGCAAGAACAAGUUGCAGGUCAUUGUUGGAACAGUUGCGUUUGGUAUGGGAAUCAACAAGCCUGAUGUCAGGUUUGUCAUCCACCACAGUUUGAGCAAAUCAAUGGAGACUUACUACCAGGAGAGUGGCCGUGCCGGUCGUGAUGGCCUCCCAUCCGAAUGUAUCCUCUUUUUUCGUUCGGCUGAUGUUCCCAGGCAGAGUUCCAUGGUCUUCUACGAGUAUUCUGGUCUCCAAAAUCUCUACGAUAUAGUAAGAUACUGUCAGUCUAAAACAAAAUGUCGUCGAAGCGCAUUUUUCCGUCAUUUUGGGGAACCAUCACAAGAUUGCAAUGGAAUGUGUGACAACUGUGCCUUGUCAAGUGAGGUCAAGGAAGUUGAUGUAUCGGACCUGUCUAAGCUCGUGGUUUCUAUGGUGCAAGAAACGCAAGCCAAGGAUCAAAGAGUAACGAUGUUACAGUUGGGUGACAAACUCAGAAAUAAGCACAAGGAUCUAAGUUAGUCGUGUUUUUUUCUUCAUUUCCAUUGGUGUCAACUGCAUUAAAAUUUUUGUUGUUAAUUUUUACCUCUGUGGUUGACUUUAGUUGCUGAGUUAAAGAGAGACGAGGUAGAACAUCUCGUGAUAAAACUGAUUGUUGACUCGGUAUUGGUAAGAUCAUUGUCCAUGUUUAUAGUUCUCUGUUACAAUCUGACACGUGAUAAACCCAGCUCAAGAUAAUAGCAUGUCAGACAAAAACUCUAGUAUCUAGCAAUGCCUUAUAAUCUCUGUGAUUGUGCCAUUAGUCUCUUUAGGCUGUAAAUGAGUUUGUAUUUUUUGCUGCAGAAAGAAGAAUUUCAGCACACACCAUAUUCGACAAACGCUUAUGUAACAAUGGGACCAUUGGCCAACCAAUUGUUGCAAGGAAGAAAGACAAUCAAAAUGGAAACCUCUAGCAGGCAAACCAAGAAAUUGAAAAGAAGUAUUACAUUUUCCGGGUUGGAACUCAAGCUCGACGAGCUACGGAAAGAGAUAUCUGCAGCUGAUGGAAGCAUACUCCCUCACACAGUCCUCUCAACCCAGCAGAUUGGCUCGAUAAGUUCCCAAAAACCAGUUUCAUUACAAGAGUUGGAGAGUAUUAUAGGAAAAUUGAAAACAGAAAAGUAUGGAGACAGGAUUCUAGAAGAAGUGAUGAGACACGAAGCAGUCUCUGAACAACUUGUUGAAGAUCCAACAAAGGAAGAGACAUGUAAAAGCAGAUUAAGAAAGAGAGCUAAGACACAGAAGGAUGUUGUAUUGGUAGAGAGCAGCGGAGAAGAAGAAGCUUGAUGGAUCAAUUAUCUUCUAAUCCAAUCAUCGUAGCUGUCAAGGUUCCACAUUUACACUAUUCUUAUGUCAGAUUUUAACCAAUUCUAAUUAAGAAAUUCCUGUACUACCAUUUUCUGCAUAAGCUUCAUUGUCUCUAAUCAAGAAAUCAUCAUCAACAUGAAUAGGAACAAGUGCAAUAAAAG